GUUGAGAUUAAAGGCUAAUAACAUGGGUCGUGUGAAGGUUUACAAAUUCUUUGUUAGAAAUCUACCAUGGACCGUCAACACCAAAGAAGUGAAAAAAUACUUUUCAAAGUUUGGUCAGGUGAGUGAGGCAGUUGUUGUCUUUGAUCAUAAUACUGGUUUCAGUAAGUCCUAUGGCUUUGUGUAUGUCAUUGGAGAUGAAAUGCGCACUAAAGUCAUCAAUGAGACGCAUACGCUAGAAGGAAAACAACUGGCCGUUAUCGAAUCGGAGAGAUAAGAAAAGCUGCUACACAUCUUUAAUAUGGCAGACAAUAA